UCGAAGUUUACCCUGCAAUUGUUUACUUCCGCGUUCUAAAUUCCGGAGUGUGAAAAAGGUCUGUUGAGAGACACUUGGAGAGAGACGCACCAGAGGGGGUAAUAAACAGUUAACAACAUGAACACAUUGGAGAUCAGGGUUGCUGAGCUGGUGCAAACAUAUCCACACCUGUACGAUCGUUCGCGUAGAGACUUUAGGGAUUCAGGGAUGAGCUGGAACUCAUGGAAGGAAAUUGCAGUGAAGCUCGGCGUCGAUGACCCGAAAUUAUGCAGAGCAACGUGGAAAAACAUCCGAGACAAAUUUGGUAAAGCAAUGAAAAGGAUGCAGUGCAAGAAUGCAGGUGAAGUGUCGAGCACGAAAGUUCCCAGGCUGUUCUUGGAGAUGUCCUGGCUCAAACCUUAUGUUCGGCAUCGACAAACUGUGUCCAACAUGGCAUCUGAUAAAAAGGUUCAAACUGAUAUGCCUUCAAAAGAAUUGGGUGAUGUAUUAUCUCCAUGCACAGCCCCAUCAGCCGGUCCAUCCUCUGGUGCAACCAGUGACAGUGAUGCAGAGGAGCAGCGCUCAAGUAUGUUUUUGGAUGACUUUGGGGAGAUACUGGAGAGAUCAAGCACAGCACACAAAGCUGCUAGAAGUUCAGAAAUUAUAUCAACCCUGUCCUCAACACCUGAACCACCCAACAGAAGGAAAAGGAAAAGGGGCAAGGCAGGUGAAACAGACAUUAAGCAAGUACUCGCUUUCCUGGAGAAGGACAAGUCUGACAGUUUUGAUAGGCACGCUCAGAUUGUUGCUGAUUUCAUGCGCAAACUGCCACCACGGCACUGUGCCAUCUUUAAAAAACAACUACAGGACGUGAUGUUUGACAUUGAGAUGCAGGUGCUGGAAGAACAGGGCAUUAAAACAACACAGUAG